AUGGCUUCCUUUGCACAACCCAUUGCUUUUUUCUUCUUUCUUGUGCUUUCCUCCUCUCUCCAUAUUCAAGCUAGGGAGAGCAAGUUCUUUACCAAGUUCAUCCACCUCGGUGCCAAAAUUUCUCCUCUAGCCGCACCGAUACUGUCUCCGGCAGUAGCACCGACACUAGCACCAACACUGGCACCCGCACCGGCUAACGUCAAUAGCCAAGAUCCUUAUUAUGGUCUUUACGGUCACGGUUCCAACAUGUUCCCCCCUGCAAAAGAGGGUGUCACCACUAGCAACACUCCCACCACUACUUCCAAUUUCGAAAACGAUCUCUUUGCCGACCAAAGUUACGAGACCGGCUACGAGAAAAACAACAACAACAACGAUGAGUACACCACGAGCAAUUACAAUUACAACGACAAUGACAAUGGCUACACCCUCAGCAACUACAAGUACAGCACCGAUGGCUACAACGGCAACUAUAACGACAAUGGCUACGAGACCGAGAGACAAGGAAUGAGUGACACCAGAUUUGUGGAAGGUGGUAAGCGAUUUUACGAUGCGGGGAAGGAGAAUUACUACCCCAAUGGAUAUGAGUUUUCAUCGAGCAAGGAAAGUAGUGAAAAUGAAGGUUACUACGGAAAUACAGACAACUCCAUGGAAGACUUGGAGAACAAGGAAUAUGAGUAUCAGGAGAGACAAGAAGAGUAUAUGCCCUAA